AUGGCAAGUCUCUUUUUCUUUUAUUCACUUCUCUAUUAUUUCUUUCUAAGUCAAAGCUUUUCUUCAUCAUCUGUGCAUCAUCUUUGCUCUUCCAGUGAAGCUUCUGCUUUGCUUCAAUUUAAGAAACCCUUUGAAAUCUCCGAUGACUACUCUAAUGAAUUAACCCAAAUUAAGGAGUUAGAUUUAAGUGCUAAUCAUUUCACUGGCCGGAUUCCUAAUUCCAUUGGCAACCUAACCCAAAUUAGGGAGUUAGAUUUAGGUGCUAAUCAUUUCACUGGCCAGAUUCCUUCCACAAUCUCUGAAGUGAAGCAGCUCACACUUUUAGAACUUUCAUCUAAUUCACUUGGAGGCGAAAUUCCUGAUGUUUUCUCUAACCUCCAAGAGCUAGUUGUAUUGAAUCUUUCCACUAAUAGGUUCAUUGGUUCGUUUCCCUCUUCCAUUUUAAGCUUGACAGGUCUUGAAAACUUAGACUUGUUGAGUAAUUCCCUAUCUGGUCCACUGCCUAGCAAUGCCAGCAUGCUUCAAAAGCUAGAUGAACUACAUUUAUCUCACAACUUAGAAGCAUUAGAUCUCUCUUGGAAUCGGCUCAUUGGGAAGAUUCCGCAGGGAUUGACAAGGCUAACAUUUUUGGCAAAGUUAAACCUCUCUCAAAAUAUUCUUGUUGGACACAUUCCUCGAGGUCUUCAAUUCAACACAUUCGAAAAUGAUUCAUUUGGUGGAAACCUUGGUUUAUAUGGUCCUCCUUUAUCAAAGCAAUGUGGAAUGAGUGAUCCAUCACAUGUUCCUCGCCAUUGGAGUUGGAUGAAGAAGAAGAUUCAUAUUUGA